AUGACAUCAAAGCAAUCAGCACUGAAAUUUCAGAGAGGUCCUGUAUCUUUUAAAACAGAAAAGACAGAAAAAGGAGUCAUCUCACCCUGCAGCCAAAAGGACUGCAAUCCAGCCAGCAGACGACAAGGGAUGCCCAUCGUGCACGGCCAUCCCCGGGGGAUUUCAGAGGCAUCACCAACCAGGGGGAGGGGGCUUUCCUGCGACGUCCCUCCCUUUCACACAGUUUGCACCCUAUGGAAGAAGGAAAGGCUCUCACACGGGCGAGGUGGCGGGGUCUGCGACCUGGCCCGGACUUUCUGCCGAGUUCUCAGUGAGGACUUGGCGGUCCUGGGGCCAGUAGGUGAGAAAAUGAUGGAUGGGCCGGGUGGGCGACGGCAGGAACGGCCUGGAGAAGGCUUCCUCUUACCAUCUGCUCAGGAAGGACGUCAGCGCCAGACUAAACACAGGCCGGCGCGGCUGCAGAGUUCGAGCUUGUGCGCCGGCGGCCGGCCUUUAAAAGCACCUUCCUGCGCACGAGGGGGAGACACCGGGAGACCAGGCGCCCCGACCCAUCGGCAGGUCUUGAGGAGAAGCAGGGCCGCCCCAGACUGUCGCUGCGGCCGGCAGGGCCGGGCGCUCCCCAAGGGGCUUGACUUUGGUGACUUUGGUGACUUCUGGACAGUCCCCCAUGGUGUCCUGGAGGUGAGCUACAACCUGAAGCCCACCUCCUGCUGCCUGUCCCUCCUCCAGCCUCCUCUGGCUGACUUCUGCCAUGGGUCCGAGAGGAAGUGUUCCUGCUUCCUCAGUGUCCUGAGGCUCCUGGCCUGCCUGCCUGCCCAUCUGUCUGGAGCUGUGGAUGGUCUCCCCGAUGGGGCUAUUCCCGCCUGGACCCUGAGGGACGAGAGUUGCAGCCUAGGAAAGCCAGGUGCCAGGCCCUGCGGGGUCCUACACCGGCGGCGUGGUCUUCCCCAAGCCUCCUUCUCUAGAGACCGGGUUCCCAAGGGACGCUGUGGCGGGACGGAUGGGCUGAGCCGGCCUUCGGGGCCCGGCGCGGGCAGAGGCGCCGCGGAGACUACGCCUCUGACGGCAGGGGGCGCUCGUAGCACGCGCAGUGCCCGGUGCGGGCGCCCAGCACGGCUGCGUGGCCCCGGGUUCCCCCGCGCGGGACCUGCCGGGGUCUGGUCCCCCAGCCUGAGAGCACCCGUCUGGGUGGACCAAGCGGCCUCCGGGCGUCCACAUCGGCCCUUCUUCUUCCUAUGCAUGCGGGGAAGCGGCGGGGAGCCUGCGGAGGGCGGCCUGGGAGCAGAGACCACCGGGUCACCAGUGCACGCGUCCGGGCGCCCACCCACUCGCGAGGACCGGCAGUCCCCGGCGGCGUCGGCCCUCAGGCCCUCAGGGGAGGCCAGCGGCACCGAGCCAGGUCCUGGGCCAGGUGGAGCCCCCCCUGAAGCUGGUAUCCUACCUGCCCUCGCCUCCCCACUCCAGCCCACAGUCCAGCUUUCAGGGCUGAACCCAGAGCCCAGAGGAUGGAGAAGCCAGAAAGCGGGGAGGUAAGGGAGAGGGCGUCUAGGCACACCUCAGAGGUGACUGGGCUGUGUCGGGGACAGUCCGCACUACAAGAGCCGAGCUCACACCCCGAGCUCACACCCCUACGGAGUGAUUUUUCGGGACUGCCCCCAUCCCAAUCUCCACUCCCUCUACUUUACUUGAAAAAGAAAAAGAAAGAGAGCGCCUUUUGGCUCCUGGUGACCCGUAUUUAGGACACCAUCCCAUCCCCCAGCACACACAUUCCUACAGUGUCACCUGGUCCCCAAUCCGAGCAUUUCCUGGAGUGCUCGCCACAUUCCCCUUCCUGGUGCUUUUCUAUGGUGGGGCCGGGGGAGACUGUUUUGAACAUCGCUGUGACGUCACUCCCCCUCCUCCGAGCUGAGCACCCCUGGGUGGGUCCUGGGAAUUGUUGCCCGGCCUGCUGGGGAGGGGCGGAGUGUGGGCCGAGGGAGGGUUCCACCAAACAUCCAUUACCGCUGUCGCCUGCGGGGCCUUCAGGCUGCAAGUACGUGAGGUGUCAGAAAAGAAGCCGCAGGGUUCCUGUGGGGGCUCUUUUGCCAAAUGAGUCAAGAGAUGUGCGGAAGAGCAUGAUUGAAGUAGCCCGUGGAGUAGCAGAAAGGGGCAUCAAAAACUGUAACCUGAAAAUAAAAACUUUAACCUGUUCCCCCAAA